AUGACCUCAAAGUCGUCCACGCAGCAGCCACCCAGCAGCACGUUUCGUCUGCCGCGUGGGAAGGGCCUCAACAGGCCUACAACGUGGUUUGGCACGCAGUCUUUCGGCAAGUCGUCCACAUCAUCUACAUCCUCCAGCACAACCAACGUAUCAGACGGGUCGAGCGCUUCGAUAGCGCAGAGAAUGGACGGUGUUAAACAAAGCCCCGUGCCGAAUCCUUUCACCGUCUCGUCGUUCAAAUCGCCCUUCCCAUCCAGCAAGGGGAAACACAAGCUGUCCCCCUCGCCCUCGCCGUCACCGAGAAAGCAAGAUGAAGACUUUGUCAUGAUCUCACCUGUCAGACAUGGCUCGUCACCGUUGGCAAACGCUGGGACGUCGUCGACGCCAGAGAAUGACAGCCCCACGCCGGCUUGUGGGAUGGCGAGUGCGGCGGCGAGGCUGAGAUUGGUGGACGAUUCGCCUAUCAGGAGGGUACCUGGGCGGAGCAGGAGUCUGCGACCAGGGGCAGAUGGGCAGUCUUCGAUGAGCCCGCUCAAGAACCCUGUGGGAAUGUCGGAUGAAGAGGAGGAGGAAGAGUUUUUGCAGGAUGAAGCGCCGACGCCAAUGAUGGGCGAAUCACCUGCACCGCCACCCCGCCCAGUGUUUACUGUGCGCCAGUCAAAGUCGUCCGACUCCUCGUCCUCGUCGAGUGGGGGAUUGUUUGGUGAUGCCUCCAGAAUACCGACGCUCUCCAAAUCCCAUCCCCUUCGACGACGGGCAGGUACAGCUACAAGUCAAGACCGUCCCGCCACCCUUGGUCAGAAAAAGACAAUCUCCCUUGACCAGAUCCAUCAAUCCGCAUCGGGCGAUGACGCCGAAGCUCUGUUUGGCAGCAACUCGCAGAUCAACUCGCACGUCCGCAAAGCUCGUCCCUCGACCACCUUUGCCAUCUCCAGUGACGGACGGCCACCGCCUCUCGGUACGAGACCGGCGAGCUCGACAGAGCAUAGGGCGCACAAGCGGAUCAAUUCGUCGGACAGGGUUGGGUUGACGCACAUGCGGGCAAACUCGGCUGGGGGUAGCUCGACAGCGUCGAUAAGCAGGUCUUUCGGCGCCAAGUCGUUAUCCUUGUCCCUCGCUCCCAACCUGGGCAACCUCCCAGACUUUUCCCAUUCCAAUGGCUCCAUAUCGUCUCUAUCCACAAACAGCCUCACCCCUCCUGCGACAUUUUCACCCAUGCAGCCUCCUAUCUUUGAGGGUGUCAAGCCUCUACAAGAAGUGUUUCAGGAGGAAAAGACGGUCAGCCGAAAGUUCAAGCCGCGUGACUCGGGGGUCUCUAUGGGGAGUGUCGAGGAAGAGCUCCCGAGCCAACCUCGUUCACUUGUUCCUCCUUCCUCUGUCAUGAAGCUCGCCCCUAGCCGGCUGCGUCGUCCAGCCAUGCUCAAGCGGAAUUCUUCCAUGGGCGAUGAGAAGGAUGUCGAAACCCCUGGUGUAGGCCCCAUGCUUGCGAGCGGUUGGCCUGGCAAACCUGCGCCUUUCCAGUUUUUAGGCGACAGCGGGAUUGGACUCAGUAUCGGUGCCAACCAGGCGGAUGCCAAGCCUGCCAUGCCCGGUACUCCUGUCAAGAAGCAAGCCUACAAGGGCAAUGGUGUGGGGCAUUCUGUCUCCCAGCCUACCCUUGGUUCAGACUCUUUCGACUGUGAGAUCACGGCGCCUCUUGAAAACUCUUCCAAACCCAACCUCCCUCCCAACUUUGCCAAGCCCCGAAACACCAUGCCCCCUCCUUCCACUCAAAAACCUCCGCCCAGCAUGAUGAAGCGACGUCCUGGUACUUCUGAAUUGCCGAGGCUUACCUUGACGCAAGCCAAUUCGAGUUCGCCGAUGGCUACUGAAGACGAACAGUCGCCGACGGUGCGCGCUCAUGGGUCUCUGAAGGGGAUUAGCCAAAUGCGCAACUUGUCGUUGGUAAACUCGAGGGAGAAGGGGUCGAAGGGCAAGGACAGGCUGGGGGUGCUUGGGAGAAGCGAGGGUGGUGUGAGUGAGAGUGAAGAGGAGGAUGGGACGCCUACAAAAAGUGGAGAUUCCAAGAUGGCGCUGGCCGCGAACCGAAAGAAUCUCAUGACACCAACUCCAUCCGCAAAGACUUCGAUCAGAGCCGCUCAUCCUUCCGCAUACUCCAACACCGCGACAGCUGGCACCAACCUGAUGCCCCGGUUGUCUCUUCCCGCCCUUCCGCCAAAAAAGAUGGCCCCUAGCAGAACACUCCACCACCGUCAAUCGCACCCUGCAACCAACCAGCCAGAGGAGGAAGAUUUGUUUGAAGCAAAAUUCAUUACGCUGGAUACCUUGGGCAAGGGAGCCUUUUCGACGGUUGUAAAGGUACAGGAGAGGAAUGGCGAGGGGAUCUGGGCAGUGAAGAAGGCGAGGGGUAUGUUUGAUGGUGUGCGCGAUAGGCUUCGACAUCUUGAAGAGGUCGACAUUCUUCGGCACCUUUCCCUUAAACCUUCACCUCAUGUCGUUCUUUUCCAAGAUGCUUGGGAACAGAACCGACAACUGUUUAUUCAAACAGAGCUUUGCUUGGGAUCGCUUGCGUUUUUCUUGGAGGAGUACGGACGGGUCGUUGAGAGGCUUGAUGAGGGGCGAGUAUGGAAGUGUGUCCGCGAGCUGAGCGAUGGUAUCAACCAUAUCCACUCCAACGGCGUCAUCCACUUCGACAUCAAACCAGCCAACAUCCUCAUCUCUGCCACCGGCUCGCUGAAAAUUGGCGACUUUGGUCUUGCCACGCGCUGGCCGCGUGUUGAGCCUCUCGAAAUCCUCAAGGGGGCCGGACUUGGCAUGGGGAGUGGCAACAUGGCUGUGUUGAGUACGAUGAGGAAGGAGAAGCUGGAGAGGGAAGGGGACAGGGUGUACAUGGCGCCCGAGAUGUUGCGAGGUUUCUUCGUCAUGGCCGCCGAUAUCUUCAGCUUUGGUCUUGUCGUUCUUGAAAUUGCCACCAAUAUCUGUGUCCCCGACGGCGGUGCCCCCUGGCACGCCCUCCGCGAGAACGACUUUUCCGUUGUCGACCUCUCUCCCUUGUCCCCCGCUCUGUGCGAGCUCGUCUGCCAGUGCAUGUCUGCCCAGCCCGAGCUUCGACCCGAGAUCACCCACAUUAUCAGCCACCCUGUGGUGCAACGAGCAAGGAAGGGCAAGGACGCGUUGGCGCCAGAAGACAAGAAUUGGUUGAUGGAGGUGUUGGCCGGCGGAUUCAGUACGCCAAAUGUGCCUGCAGCGGCGGCUGGCGAUGAGGAUGUCGUGAUGGAGUAG